GCUGGGUCUUCUCCUGCCUUCAUCCUGGCUCUCUCCUCCCCCGGGUCCCCGCUCACACAAGACCUGCCCCACAUACGGUCCAGCAUACCGCUGGCUCGGUAUGGUCGGCAAAUUCAGCCUCGGUAGCAAGGCUUCGCCGUCGCGUCAUGUUCGCGACAACGCGCCCGCUGCGCUACCUCCGCACCAGGAUGCCCCGCACCAGAAUGUCGUACACAGAAAGGGGAGUUUCACGACUACGGCUCAUGCUGCAGGCAUUGCAACAUCGACCACGUCCACUCAUUUCUUCUCUCUACCCCUCUGGAAACGGCGUGGGUCUCACGCGCUCUCUACGGUUACCCCAGUCGCGCGACUGUCAUCUGACGAGCUGGGUCUCGCAACCCACCGGUCUUCUGGCUCGACGAGGAACAAGGCGCUUCCUCCGACUCCCUCGGCAAGCGAGGAGAUGGACCUAGCGACUCUGUCGAGGGCUGGCUCGUCUCGGGAAGGGCGUGGGACUGGUACUCUGGAGGUGGGAGAGCGACCAUCUGCUGACAUAGGCAGCAGUUCGGGUCCGUCAUCUGUUUCUCAACCUGUACAACACUCGCCCGUACUUGUCGUAUCGACUUUGCAGCCCACUGUCACUCUAGCCCGAGCGGCGCUGGGAUUGGGGUUACCCCAUGUCAUGCCCGGAUCUGUCUCUGCGUCAUCCUCGACUACCGACCUACAUUCCAUACCCAUCCCCCCGACCCCUCCGGACUCGCACUCGCCCCAGUCGACUAUGCGACGCGCCAAGAGCUUCCAUCCCGAUCUCCAAACACCUCGUCGAGACAAUAUGCUAUCCGACCCCACACGUGACAACAGACGGGCAAGAGGGCUAUCUAUUGGUCCGUUCCACUUCUCACCGAGCGACAAGGGAAAAGAGCGUGCAGUCGACACGGAUCCUGAUGGUGGCUAUUCCCCUCCAUCAUCCAAGCCUCUGUCGCGCAAGAGCUCAUUCUGGUCGCGCAAGCGGGUCGAUUCUGAAUUUCAGGAUUCCUCUCAACCUACGCGCCUGACCGCCGAACCAUCACCGAGACCAUCGCUACCCACUCUGCAACCCAUAUCGCCCUUCUACGUUGAUACCAACAUGCCCGCUCGUUCCUCGCGUACUCCUGGCCCACCGACUCCACGAUCAGCCGACCUACGUCGAAGACAUUCGGAAAGGACGCGUUCUACGAAUUCCAAACAUGAGUAUUUCGAUGAUAGCCAUUUGCCCGACGUACCAUCACUACCUCCAGCAACUCCCCGAGAUACCAAAACGCGCAGACCGAAGCGGCCUAAAACCGCGGAUUCUGCGACUACAAGCCCUCGCUUAGCAUUCUUUCAUGAUGUUCCUCGCGUUAUAACGUCCUCCCCACCACCCUUCGAGCGAUCCCUCCCUGAGCCCGAAGACCCUGCUCCCAAACCGCCAUCGCCACCGGUAUCGCCCACCGUCUCCUCGCCUAGCGCUCGACCGCGAUCGCAGACGAACCCUCCACUCCUUCACCGUCUAUCUAUGAACCUAUUCGGAACGUCUCCUACCUCGCAUACACCGCACAUCGCUCCUAGCCCUCUAUAUGACACACCGACCUACACCGAGCCACUCUCGGCUUCUCCGUCUUCCAGUCGCGACUCCUCCCGCCCAUCGUUGUCCAAGCGGUCACUCGAGAUACCAAAACCGAAUGUAGAAGAGGAGUCACCAGAGGAGUACCUCCAUAGACUUACUGAGGCUGUGAGCAAGAGCGAAGUGGCCAUUGCCUUGGCGUCAAGCGCGGACCCGUUCCAUGCUAGAGCAUUGCGCGCUUACAUAGAGCAUUUCAAUUUCCGCGGCGACCCACUGGAUGUUGCGGUCCGUAAGCUGCUUAUGGACGUCGGCCUGCCGCGAGAGACGCAACAGAUCGAUCGCGUCAUCGAGGCGUUUGCCGCGCGAUAUGUGCAGUGCAAUCCGAACCUGUACACAUCCGAGGAUCAUCCGUAUAUCCUUGCGUUCAGCUUGAUCAUGUUGCACACGGAUGUGUUCAACAAGCAUAACAAGCGCAAGAUGACGAAGGUUGACUACAUGAAGAACACGCGGCUCCCUGGUGUUCCCCCAGAGGUGUUGGACUGCUUCUAUGACAACAUCGUCUUCGCGCCGUUCAUCUUCAUCGAGGAUCCGGUAGAUGCCAAUGGUCACCGUGGUACCCAGCCAGACCCUAUGAACGCACGUCGGAUGUCUGUGUAUAACAUUCCUCCGACGCCUGGCUCGACAACCUUGCUAGGCAAGAGCAAUAAGAUAGACCCAUAUUAUCUCAUCGCUCGAGAUCUCCUGAACGAUCUGCGCGUCAACGUGGCCGCAAUCAUUCCUCCCGAGAGUCCAUACUUCUACAAAGGCACUGGAGGUUCAUGGGAUGAAGAGGAACUCUUGCGUGCAUUCACCACGGCACGUGCGGUCGCGAUAGCUACCGAAGGCCAGUACGGGACCACACCCUUCUUCGGGCUCAGUGUAUCUGGCGGCCCCGGUCCCCUGCAGGCCCCAGUCACAACAGGUAUGCCGACCGUAGAGGCGUACGGUGGGAUGGCCUCCGUAAGGGUGACCAAGGUCGGGCUGCUGCAGCGCAAGGACGACACGGUUGAGGGUGGCCGGCGCGCGAUGACUCGCAAGUGGCGAGAAUGGUGUGUGCUGCUGACGGGCUCCCAUCUGCUCUUCUUCCGGGACCCGUCGUGGGCAGCUUCCAUACAGGCGAUGUUGGCGCCUGGCAGGCGUCAUGCUCCCCAGCCUGUGAUGCCUCAGCCGGAUGAGUAUGUCUCUGUCAAGGACUGUAUCGCUGUCUUCGAUAAGUCUUAUGCGAAGCACCCACACACCCUACGCCUAGUGUUACCUGACGGGCGACACUAUCUUCUACAGGCGCAUGCAGAGCAGGAGAUGAACGAGUGGAUUUCGUGCGUCAAUUACGCCAGUGCGUUCAAGACCGCGGGCCUGCGGAUGCGUGCCCUUGGUAUGGCAAAUCGCGACAUAGAGCUCACGGGUAUCGCCGCUGCAGCAUCGCAUAUGCGAGAGAUACAGCAUCGAACGGCACCGGUCUCUCCGCGUGUGCACACGUGGUACGGCGGCUUGGAUAUUGAUCUUCAGGCCUCCGCACUGGCGCAGUCUCCGCCUGCCUCAGCACCGGCUCGGAAGUCCUCUGUCUCUACGGAGUCUUCGUCCGUUGCGGUGAACGAGAGCUCGGCGAAGCUGUUCAAGGCGACGUUCGAUCAGGUGAAGACAGAGCUCGCUGCUUCCUCACGAUGGUCCCUCGAGAACGCAAAUGGCAAGUCGAUAGGACGCCCCCGCACGCUCAGCCUCGAGUCGUCCACUUCACGUCCCCCUCCUGUCCUCCCAAGCUCUCAGAGUGCAAUCUCACAUUCUGGCGAGCGUUCCCGCCGCGUGUCUCGCUCGGACCUCAUCCGGAGAAAAUUGCACCACCUCGAGGAGCAGCUCGCGACGGCGCAGACGCAGCUCGAGACAGACAUGCGGCUCGUGCGGAACCUGGCGGUGCUGACUCCGUUUCAGCGCGCGACACGGGAGCGUGUGCAGGUCGCGGUGCAGGGUGCGGCGAAGCGGAUCAUGCAGGCGCGGCUCGACCUGGAGAAGCUCGUGUGCCACCGCGAUGUGCUUGUGGACGAUUUGCAGGCGGGCGAGCGCGACUGGGAGCGCACGAAGCGCAUCGCGAUGCGUGCGGCGACGGACCAGCUAGCCUCGCAGGAAGUUGGGAAGCAGCAGCAGCGACAGCGGCCGCGGACAGCCACUUCUUCGCAGGUCUCCUCGGGCAAGUCGCUUGCAAGCUCGCCAAUGAGCAUGAUUCAUUCCGCCAGCACGUCUGCGGUCUCGCAAGGGAGGGACUCUUCGGUUGGAGAGGACUCCUUCCACUCUGCGCAGUCCAGUGUCGAAUGGCAAGAUCUCAGUCCAGGGUGCGCGGCGUUCCUGGAUGCGAGAGGCGUGCACGAUGCACACUCGUUCGACUCGCCUGUGACGUCCCCGUUGGAUACGUCAACCUCAUUCGGUAUGGAAUAUCCGUUCCCUGAUGUGCAUGGACAGCUGCAGCCUAGCCCGAUGGAGGUACAUCCCUCGAUGGCGAGCGCCAGCUCCAGUCAUCACGCGAGCGAUGAGGGUGGGCACGAGAAGUUCUACACUGCGCCUGAGAUCCAGCCUGUGCUGGAGGAGCAGGCCGAGGAGUGGAACAAGACCCGCGCGGCGAAGCGAGUGUCGUUGGUGAAGGUUCCGCCCGACCUUCGCAUCUCGGUGCUGUUUGGGAAGCACGGGCGGAGCGCAAGUGAGUCGAUUUCGGAGGCGACGGCCACUGCGCCGUCAUCGCCGAUCUCGCCCGAGAAGCGUACGUACGGACGGACGAUGGAGACGUUUACGAUGUUGGACGUGUAGGAUGGGAGUGUACGGCAUGCGGAAGUCGAAGGAAGAGGAUUGAUUUAUUGUUCGUGUACAUUUGGACUGGACCGGUCGCAUGUUUUCGCUUCGUAUUUGCACCUGCACACCCGUAUACGCUCGUUGAGGCCGUCGUUGCAUAGAGUACGAGUAUAUACCGCAUAGUACUGAGUUAUGGCGUAUGUAUUGUAGGAUGAUAAUCGCAGAGCCAGCCACUG